AUGACGACCAAUGCCGAUGACGGAAAUCUUUCUGGUCGAACAGCCGGAUUGAUCUCGGAAUUUGAACGUACACGUGAUUCCGACUCGACCGAAAUCGGCCAACAAUUUGCUCAAUUACAAAAAACAAUGAUAGAGAGUAAAGAUAUGUUACUGUGUAACGAAGGUGCAAAAGCGUGUAAUCGAUUGAAAAAUCGCUACAAGGAUGUUCUACCAUACGAUAAAUGUCGAGUUGUUCUGAAAUCAGAAAAUGAAUCGGAUUAUAUCAAUGCAUCGUUCAUUGAGGAUUUGCACGGACAUCGUCGAUAUAUUGCAGCACAGGGACCUAUCGAAGAAUCGAUAACGGACUUUUUCAGGAUGAUUAGUGAUUUUCAUAUCGUGUCAAUUAUUUGCACAGCUAAUGAUGUCGAAGCUGGACGAUUUAAAUUUCGCCGUUAUUGGCCGGACGAAACUGAAGACUCACUCGAAUUCGGAACUUUCAAAAUAACUAAAGAUCAAUCGAGUGAUAAAGCGUUCAGUAAUAAUGAUUACGAAAUACGUCCAUUGAUUAUCACUCGCGAUGACAAUCAACAACAUGUCUUACUUUAUCAUUUUCUACAUUGGCCUGAUCAUGACAUCCCCAAUGAUGAAGCACCAAUACUUGAUCUACUCUUACGAUUGUAUCAAGAUCGAGAUUCAUCCGUCGAUUCACCUAUCCUUGUACAUUGCAGCGCUGGCUGCGGUCGAACCGGUAGUAUUAUUGCCAUUGAUCUAUGUCGUCUCUACUUGAACGAUGAGCAUUUGGUUUCGAGUAAAGAUUAUCAACCUUAUCCUGUAUUUAAAAUCGCUUCUUAUAUUCGUCAAUUUCGCAUUGCAUUGAUUCAAACUCUCAAACAAUAUUUUUUUGUUCACAAGAUGUUUUUAUAUUUGAUGAAAGCAAAUGGUUCUAUAUCGUUCCAUUCAAGCGAGAACAACGACGAAAAUCAAACAUUUUCAUCAUCACCUCCGCCCACGAAAUCGUCCUCAUCACGUCGUCCGUCUGCGCCACUUCAAAUAACUCUACGUAAUCCGCCCAUCGGUCGCCGUUUACUAAAUGGAAGCAAUAUUAGUAAUACCCCAUCGCCGACGUUUUCUUCCUCGGAAUUCUUCCCACCAUCAGCAAAGUCGUCUUCAACGAAUGAUGCGUCACUAACUGCAGAUUUACCGCCGCCACCGAUCCCGCCACAUUGUUCAGCUAUGCGGACAGCUGAUAAUCAACAAGAAAAUGAAACAAACGAACCAGCAAGAAAAUCAAAUAGUUCUCGUUCAGAUUCUGCAAGUAUCGAUUCAGUAGUUUCUUCUACAACAAAUCAAAAGUCUGAACUUUCAAGCGAACAGGAGUCGAACUCAGAUUAA